AUGUCUGAAAUCACUGCAGUUGACACUGUAGUUGAUACAGACAGAGUGCUGGUACCUGAGCUUUUAAUCCACCGACUUAUAAGGCCUUGGCUAUGGUAUAAUCCCAUCUACAAGCUUACAUCUUCAGGUCGAAAAUUUCGGAAGUAUAUGGAGCUUUUGCGUAGUUUUGUAGAAAAGAUCAUCCUGAGAAGGAGAGAAUCACUUCAAAAAAUUAGGCAAGACAAUGCUGAAUAUCAGUUGUUUGAAAACGAUAAAAGCACUUGUUUGGAUAUAAUGUUGGAGGAACACUUUAAAGAUACAAGUCUCACGCUGACAGAUAUACAGGGACAGAUGCACAGCAUCUUGUUUGCUGGAUUUGAUACGACAGCAACUACACUGAGCUGGGCCCUUUGCCUUUUGGGCCUUCACCCUGAAGUGCAAGAUAAGGUCUUCCAAGAGUUGUACUUAAUAUUUGGAAGUGAUAAGACAAGAGAAGCCACAUUAGAUGAUUUGAAUAAAAUGAUAUAUUUGGAACAAGUUCUCAAG